AUGGACCUCUCACGACAGGAAUAUCCGGCGCUGCUGGCCACUCUAUAUCCUGGCCAAGCUACAACCGUCCUGAGCGACCGCAUCCGAGUCAUCAACAAGAUCCAUUCGGAUAUCGCGGACUUUCUUCAGGAACGUCGUCGGCUUGAAGAGUCUUAUGCCCAGAGCUUGCGAAAGCUGGUGCAUCGCCCGCAACUCGACAAUGGUGCUGCGCUCGGUAUCUUCCAAAUCCCCUGGCAGCGCAUUCUCAAUUCCACCGAGGCGCUGGCUGUAUCCCACGAGACUCUUGCGAACAAAAUCGAAGAGGACGUGGAGCGACCGCUAAGGGAAUAUAGCAACAAGAAUCGCGACAUGCAGCAGAUGCCUGGAAUUCAAAGUAACUUGGCGGGGCUCGCUAAAAGUGUUGAGGAAGCGCAGAAGAAGGUUGAAAAGGCCAAGGGCAAGGGUACGAAAGGCGCCGACAAGCUUGCCAGUGCCAUCGCCGCGGCCGAGGAAGUCAACCAGCAAUGGGAAUCGCGUGCUCCAUUCGUCUUCGAGCAGCUUCAAGCGGUUGAUGAGGGCCGACUUAACCACCUUCGGGAUGUGCUCACCCAGCUUGAGACACACGAGGUGGACCAAGUUGAGCGCGGCCGGCAAGCUGCAGAGAGCUGCUUGAACGUGCUACUCAACGUGGAAACCGCCGAUGAGAUCAAGACCUUUGCUGCGAAAGUGGCAGGGACCCGUGUUCCUAUUUCGCCUAUGCCUUCACGCAGGCAGACAUCUCAGGCGGAAGCUCUUCCUGUUACAACUCCGCCUAUGCAAACGACGUCAACCGCGGCACCACUGGCACCUCCACCACACAUUCAGGAUGAUGCGGCAAGCCAGCGAUCGGAAAGAUCCGACAGGGCUGCCGCUGUCCAAAACCCCCCAGCUCCAGAGGCUCAACCCCGGCAGACUCCCUUGGGAGGCCUGAGACGACUCGGUACUGUCAUGAACAGGCGAAAGAGUGUCGGUGGACCAUCAGCUGGAACAUACGACAGAAAGGCAGAGAAGAAGCACUUCAGUCCCUUUGCGCCCUUCAAGCGAAGCGAUUCUUCAAGAGACAUGCAAAUCCCUGAAUCACCUCCUGGCACACCUUUAGACCGUCCAGGGACUUCUAUGACGGAAGAAGAACCAGCCCAGACUCCGGAUGUAUCACACGAUCGCACUUUGACGAAUGUUGUCACACCGGUUCACGUCUCUCAGCCCGAGCCGACUGGUACCAAUGGCACCCACCAAGAGACCCAGGGUUUUGCGAGUUAUGGGGCUGAACAUGUGGACUCGGAAGGUUUCACUGAGCGUCCUUCCACAAUCGACGAGAUAACUCGCGCCCAGAGGGAGGCAGCUUUGGAAGAUCCCGGCAUGAACUUGAAAAUCCGCGACCAGCCCAUCUUUGAAGAUGAGAGCCAGGCCAAGCAAGCAAUGGAUGACAUGGCCAAUACCCUUCGACUGCGCGCUCAGCAAUCUGGUAACGUCAGACGGAACGCUGGCACCAUCCGGGGCCGCCGCGAUGUUCGAAACACGGUGUUUGUCCCAAAUCCCACCUCUGAAGGGGCCACGACUUCGGCCGCCCCCGAUAUGUACACCCCCUCGUCGCCUAUCAGGCACAUUGCGUCUCCCAGUAGUGUGGCGGAGGACCAAGCCAUGUCGGACACGACGUCUGUUCGCUCGGGACAUACUAUGCAAGGCCCCGUACCUACAAUGCACCCCGAGCUCUAUGAAUCUGGCUUGAAUGCCUCUAUCAUUGAAACUGUGAACGCCUGGUUCUCGGACGGCACUGUUACCAAAUCUUUCGUGGUGGGCGAACUUGCUCUGGCCCACAACCCUUCGCCCGGCCCUCCGAUAGAAGCGACACGCAUCCGCCUUGACAACUUCCAAGUACUGGAGAAGGUGGCCGCUAACCCGCACUUUGUCCAUGAAAACACCGACGAGAAUCGAGGCCAGUAUGACAUCCAGCUGGCCAGUAUUUCGCGGCCCAUGCCUACAGUCGCAUUUAAAUACCAAGUACAUCUGGAUGACCCUUCCGCCUAUUGCCCAGUCAUCUUCAAGCCAGCCUGGAACCUUCAAGAGACCACAGCCAGCGCCAUUAUCUUUUACACCCUCAACCCAUCCUUCAUCUCGCAGUCAGGCGAGCCUAUUAUUCUCAGAAACGUGGUCCUGACAGUCGGUUUGGAUAUCUCCGCUGAAGAUGCCACCACCCCUAUCGCUCACGCUGCCAGUGCUGUCAUGCACCCGAACCAAGGUGCCACCUUCCGCCGCAAGAAUUCUACCGUCACCUGGAGAAUUCCCGAACUGGUAGUGCAUCCUCCGGGCACCGGUGAAGACGGCAAAUUCCUCGUCCGGUUCUCGACCUCGACCAGUGGCCCACGCAAAGGCAACGUCGAAGCCAAAUUCGAACUCAGCACAAUCACAGCCGGCUCCCGACUCGGCAUCAGCCGGGCAGUCACUGACGCCUCUCCGAAGGAAGUCGAUCCCUUCGCGGACGAGGCCGCGCAGAGAGCUGCUUCGACUGUCUGGGAGGAAGCUCCAACUGCGCGCAAGCUGGUCAGUGGAAAGUACGUGGCUGCUUGA